UAUUUUCAAUUUCAGGCUCUGCUUUGAAUUAAUAUGAUGAAACUAGUUUAUACUGAAUCAGGCCGUUAGCCCAUCCACCUCAUGGACUAAGACUCUGACCGGCAGCAACUACCUGCUCUGACUGUUAGCAUCGUUCCAGGGUCUCAGAUAGGGAUCUGCUACUCAAGAGCUUUUAACUGAAGCCAGGAAUGCAGCCUGAGAUCUUGGAUACGGAAAGAACGUGCUGUAUCACUGGACCUACAACUCUACGUCCUCGUCCUGCACCAUCCUCUUAAGAGCUACAUGACAGGCAACAAUGACACUAGUGAAGCUUAACCCACCUCACUGCAUCUCCAAGCUAGGGGUGGCGUGGAGAUAAGUUCCUAUCACUGCCGGUCAUGCGCCUUUCAAAAGGUCCAGGGGACCCACCUCUAGCGACGAAGCUAACCUGGGGCGUUAGGAGGAAGGCUGAGACGCAUAAGGCCUCACCUCACCAGGCGGCGGCGGUGGCGAAAUACUGUGGAGCACAGCGCCACCUACUUCCCGCUGCCUCCGGGCCAGCGCCCGAGGAACAACCCUGAGUGGCAGAAGGGGUGGAUUUGCGCACAUGAUCCUAGAGCUUGUAUAAGAGAACUAGCGGGAAAGAAGGAGCCGGCAGCUCGUCCGGCCAAUUGGAGGAGAACUUCACUCACCUCUCUGCCGCAGCUUCGCCAGACAGGGCUGACGGGCUCCCUUCCUGGAAGGGCGCGCGGGGGCGAGUGCGAGUCCCCAAGGCGAGCUGAUUAGCGGCAGCCCCAGCCCCCAAACUUUGCUGGGCAGUCCACGUGUUUCCAGGCUGGUUAGUGGGGACGGAGGGGAGGCGCUCGCCCGACCUGCCGCCGGGGGAACGAAGAAGCUGGCGGGCUGCACGAAAAGGGGCAGCUCGCUGCUGUCGUCUCCCCCCAGCCCCCCGCCGCCGCCGCCGCCCGCUCUCGUGGGAGGUAAAAAGCGGCUCUCCGGCGCUUUGCGUGCGCAGCGGGCAGCGUUUGCGCCUCGCCAGUCCCUGAUUCAAAAUUAGAGCUUUCUCUUUCGGUCCGCGCUGCAGGGAUUGUGUUUCUGUCUGUCAUUUAAAGCGCCUCUGCGCGUCUCGGCUGUUCAGGGCGCGCUCGGCUGUUCAGGGCGCGCUCGGCUGGUCGGUCGAGUCAAUCAGCGUGACUCUCAGUUUGCGAUCGAAGGACAUGCGCGAAAUUGCCGGGACUUUGCAGGCUCUGCGAAGGAGCUCCGGGGGCGUGUGAGUGGCGCCUGGCCGGUUCUUCUGCCGCCGCCGCCGCGCGCUUUCUGCCUGCCUGUCACCUGAGGAGACGACUUCCGAGGGUGGUAGGUUUGUUGUAACUCUGCUACCGGCGAGUUGCAGCUCCGUUCUCUUUGCGGUGCUGCUGCUGUUGCGAGGCCCCGGAGCCGAAGGAUGCAGUUCCGCUUGUUCUCCUUUGCUCUGAUCAUCCUGAACUGUAUGGAUUACAGUCACUGCCAAGGCAGCCGCUGGAGACGCAGCAAGAGAGCUAACUAUGGACCGAAUCCAAUUUGCAAAGGUUGUUUGUCUUGCUCAAAGGACAAUGGAUGCAUCAGAUGUCAGCAUAAGUUCUUCUUCUUUCUGCGAAGAGAAGGAAUGAGACAAUAUGGGGAAUGCUUGAAUUCCUGCCCACCAGGGUACUACGGUCUCCGAGCCCCAGACAUGAACAGAUGUUCAAGAUGCAGAAUAGAGAACUGUGACUCUUGCUUCAGUCGAGAUUUUUGCACCAAGUGCAAGCCUGGGUUUUAUCUCUACCGAGGUCGAUGCUUCGAAGAAUGCCCUGAUGGCUUUGCACCAUUAGAGGAGACCAUGGAAUGUGUGGAAGGCUGCGAAGUGGGCCCUUGGAGCGAAUGGGGAACGUGCAGCAGAAACAACAAGACAUGUGGAUUUAAGUGGGGUUUGGAAACGAGGACAAGGCAAAUUGUGAAAAAGCCAGCAAAGGACACGAUACCAUGCCCAACCAUUGCAGAGUCCAGAAGAUGUAAAAUGGCCCUGAGGCACUGUCCAGGAGGAAAGAGAACGCCAAAGACGAAGGACAAGAAGAAGAAGAAAAAGAAUUUAAUGGAGCGGGCGCAGAAGCAGCACAGCCUCUUCUUAGCUACGGACCGAGCUGCUCAGUAGAGACUUUUGUCAUGCUGCCUAAACAUGUGGGAUAUUUUGUUGUUGUUGUGAUUCAUAUUUUUGCAAAAUGCACAGAAGCUGCUACCUGCUCCUGCACACCGAUGCACUGCGAUUCAGCUGCUUUGACAGUAUUGGUUGCAAAUAACUUGUGGAGGGGGAAAUAUAUCCACAAGCUUGUUUGCGUGUGUGUUAUUUAUACUUUUGUUGUUGUUGUUGUUGUUGUUGCUGUUAUUCCCUAAACCUGGAGACUCCAGGUCAGAACAAGUGCGCUGAGUUGAAUCAGUGGAUGUGUGUCCAAAAGCUCUCUCUCUCUCCUUUUAGAGUUUUUUCUGUUUUACUUAAGUUGGUGCCUGCAAGAUGGUGGCAGCCAAUGUCUUGGCAUGGAACUCCGCAGCAGGAGCAUCAGGCUGCAAAUCACCAUUGGGUGAUGGGACUUGUGCAUAUUUAUAUAAGGAAAGGAAGUCAGGGGAGUUUAAAAUUGCAUUUAUGGCCUCUUGUUUCUCAUAUUGUACAUUUUCAAGAGUAAAUAACACUAAGCAGAUACUCAUAGAUAACUUUUGUCCUCAGCACCUGUUAUAUUGGAACAAUUGUAUAGUCAAACUGCUCUCGACUGAUAUAUCACAGGAGUUGCUGCUUAGGAUUUCCGGAGCACAGCUGUUCCCAUGUGUACAUAUUAUGCUGUCUACAUAUAAAUAAAC